AUGCUACUUGAUGAAAGGCAAGUACUCACCAUCGUGGCGUAUUGGAUAUGUGUGCGCAGCGGAGAAGGUGUCGAAGGCGGAAAGAGAGGGGAAGGUGGUAGCGACUUCCUGCCAGGCGUUUUAAACACCAGAAAAAUCAAACCCAUUGUCCGUCAUAAAUUCAAUCUGGUGAUCUGUGUGGACUUGAAUGGGCCAAGAAUGGGAACACAGGGUGUCGACCAGAGACAUGGAGAAAAGCAACAGCGAGAAUGCUUAGGAGCGUCGACACAGUCAAAUACUCCACCUUCACAACACGGUGUCAACAAUCAGCCAGAAGAAGAUUCAACAGGACCGUCCAAAAGACAUGGUGCAGAUAUGAUGCACAAUGGUAACAAUCGAGAGGAACUCACCAUGCUACUUGAUGACAUCAAGACUGAAGGUAACGAUCUAAAAAGGGCAGAUGAAUAUGGGAGUGCAUGCUAUAAGAAGUAUAGCUUGAGGUGA